CCAUGCUAGACAGACAGAGAGGGGCCAAAAUACACAGGAAAAGAAGUUUUACAAAACGACAGAUAGUGAUGGUGAGAGCAUAAAAGCCUAAAAGUAGCUUCGUAAAAGCUCCACAAAUACUAAGUACAUACGUGCCCAUCAGUCUAUCUCUCAGUCUCUCUCUCUCGGGCUCUUUUCCCUGCAUUAUUUGGAGCUCAGAGUCUAAGACAGUCUCUGAGUGUACCAUACUACACUAUACAGCACAGCUACAAACACCCAGCUCAGCUGUGACUCAGCUGUCAGCAUGUCCUAUUACUGUCAGAUCGCUCCUUCUCAAUACCACUUCUCCUCCUCCACCACCACCACCACCUUCUUCACCCACUUUUAAAAGAAACCCAUCUCUCUUUUCUCUCUCUCUCUCUCUCUCACACGCAUAGUUUAUUGGUUACAGUGUUACACGUACCACUACUCUCCCAGUGUCAUCAAAAUGACAAAAAAUGAAUGAGCUUUAGAGUAGUAGAAGCUAGAGAGUACAUACUAUGGAAAUGGGUUCUGGCUCUCUGGCGGACUCAUCAGGAGGCUCAUCCUCUUCAUCCCCACCAAACUCCUCCUCUGACUCACUCAAUGGUUUGAAAUUUGGGCGCAAAAUUUACUUUGAGGAUGCCCCUCCUGGUCCCGUGGCUCCGGCCAAACCGGGUGAUGGACCCGAGUCAACCCCUCCAAAGAAAGUCAGAGGUGGCGGUGGUGCAGUGGGUGCUCAGCCUCCUCGGUGCCAAGUUGAAGGGUGCAAGGCAGAUCUGAGUGAUGCCAAGGCUUACUAUUCAAGGCACAAAGUCUGUGGCAUGCAUUCCAAGUCACCUAAGGUCAUUGUUGCUGGCAUCGAACAGAGGUUUUGCCAGCAGUGUAGCAGAUUUCAUCAGCUCCCUGAAUUUGACCAAGGAAAACGAAGUUGUCGCAGGCGCCUUGCUGGUCAUAAUGAACGAAGGAGGAAACCACCACCUGGAUCAUUAUUGUCCCCACGCUAUGGCCGACUCUCAUCAUCCAUCUUUGAAACCAGCAGUAGAGGGUUUCUGAUGGACUUUACUGCAUAUCCAAGGCAUUCUGGGAGGGAUGCAUGGCCAACUGCAAGGUCAGAGCAAAUGCCUGCAAAUCCAUCUGCCACUUCAAUGGGAAAGUUUGUUCCUCAUCCAUGGCAAAACACCACCGAAAAUCCUCCAUCUGACCUAUAUCUGCAAGGUUCAGUAAGUGGGACUAGUUAUCCUGGUCCAGGAAUUCCUCCGGGAGCUUUCACAGGAGUCACUGACUCAAACUGUGCUCUCUCUCUUCUGUCAAAUCAAACAUGGGGCUCACGAAGCCGUGCAUCAGGUCUUGGGGUGAAAGACUUGAUGAAUACGGAAGGGGCAUCUAUGUCUCAGCCGAUGGCUCCUAAUGGUGCAGCUAUUAAUCAGUUUCAAAGCAGUUCAUGGGGUUUCAAAGGCAACGAGGCUGGUAGCAGCUCACAUGAGAUGCCCCCUGAUCUGGGUUUGGGCCAAAUUUCUCAGCCUCUUAACAGUCAGUUUUCUGGUGAGCUUGAGCUGCCUCAGCAGGGUCGGAGGCAAUACAUGGCACUUGAGCACUCCAGGGUUUAUGACACCUCCCCUCAGCAGAUGCACUGGUCACUUUAAGUGCCCUGUUUGUGCUCUGGUUCUUCUGGACACCUUGCUGACUGGAAAUAAACAAUUUAAAUGUCUGCAGAUGAGCAUAUGCCUUUAUUUUGGGAUAGACCCAAAGUAACUGAUUUGAAUGUUUGCAGGCCUUUCUGUUGGGAUAAACCCUAAGUAACUUUUGAUUUGUGUUGUUUAAAACUGUAGCACUGAUGAGCAAGGUGUUCACCUUGCAUUAUCUAAUUAGUAUGUCUAACUGUUUGCUUGGGAUCA